AUAGCUUUAUCGGCAAGUCUCAGUGCCUCAUUACUGAGAGAGGUUGCUGGCCGCAAAAAAAACCCAUCAGUACCUGACUGACUCCCGUGUCCUUCAGAACCUCCCUUGAGAGGGAGGGGGUGCUAUGUGUGUGUGUAUGUGUGGGGAGGUUGAGCAAAGAAACUGCGUGAAGAAAUUCAGUCUCCUGCACUUCACCUUGCUGGCUGCCUAGGUGUAGGCUUUGUCAGGCUGCCAGGGCCAAGCUUCAGAAUGAAGCUGCCAUCCUUCCUGUCUUCCGGAGAGGAAUUCCGACGUGGAGCAUAAGGAUGCGCAGGGAAUGAUCCCGAGAUCCCAAGCCCGUGGGACGGAAGGGCACCGCAAGCACCCUGGGCUACUGAUUUUGCAGGAGUUCUCUGCCAUUAAGAUAAUGUUGAAGUUCAGGGCCGACAGGAGGAAGAGCCACAAUGACAGAACAACCACCUUCCAGGACCCAGUGACAGGGAUUGUGCCUAUUGAGAACUGCAUCUUCAAACUGGAAGACAAGCCACUGCCUAACAUGUCGAACCGGGCAGGAGGUGUGCGAGGUGAAGGAGGAGGUGGGCAGCGUCCAACCAGCAUUGCCAGUGAGAUGUCCAAUCACACCUUGGUUUCAGAAACCUCUCAGGAACAGGCGGUCAGGACUUCCAGGUCGUCAAAGAAAAAUGCUGCCUUUGGCAAAAGGUCAAACUCAAUGAAGAGGAAUCCGAAAGCCAAUGUCCUAAAGAGUGGCUGGUUGUUUAAGCAGGCAAGUUCAGGAGUGAAGUCCUGGAACAAGCGCUGGUUUGUGCUGGCAGAUCGCUGCCUCUUCUAUUACCGAGAUGAGAAAGAGGAUGCAGUUCUGGCGAGCAUCCCAUUGUUCAGCUUCCGAAUAAGCCCUGUUCAACCUUCGGACAACAUCAGCCGCAAGCACGCCUUCAAGCUGAUUGUAAGCAGACAGCCAGAGGUUUUUCAAAAUAAUGACCGCUCCAUUAAUUAUCAGGCUGAACAUGCAGGUAUCCGGACUUACUACUUGAGUGCAGAGAAUAAGACGGAGAUGGAGGACUGGAUCAAUGCGAUGAACGAAGCAGCGAGCAUACAGGCCGUGCCAUUGAACAGCACUGGGAUGAAGUACGAAAUAAAAUCUACUUUGGAACUGAACCACACGAGCAAUCAUAAACAACUGAUUAAACCCGACUCAGAUCGGGUUCAAAGUGAAAUGGAUGGGUUCGAAAGAUGCGACAGGAAGAGUGAGCAGAAGGACUCGAGCAAUGAGCCAACAGCCAAGGUCAAUGGUGUGACGGUACAGGAAGUGCCCUUUGACACCAAUAGCCCUGGUCCAGAGCUGAGAACUCAACCAGGGCACGAGAGGCCUGUGCAACCCAAUGGGCACAACUGGCAACACGCUUCCCCUGGUAGACCCAGCGAGGAGUACUUACAACAGGACGGGAUGAAUACAGUGCAUCGAAGGGGCUUUGUCCCACGUACUAACACUGAGAAAAUGGCACAACGUCAAUCCUCGUUGACUCAAUUGCAACAGUGGGUUAACAUGCGCAGAUCCGCACUCCCACAGGACGAACUGAGGAGCUCUCAGGUAUAUCACACGCCAACCAGAGAUGCGCCAGAGUAUUAUAGACUGCUAUCGCCCUAUUACCAAGAUGAGUACUUGCAGUUUUUACAGCCUGGUACACGGCCGGACAGUAUUUGUUCUGUGCCAGCUUAUGACAGAAUGAUAGCGCGGUGGUCAAUCGACGAGCGACAGUCGGCGUUUCUGCCGAGGGAUUGGCAGGACCGGCGGGCAUACAGUGGGCAGGGGUCGCCCGUGUGGCAUGGUGCACAGCCGGCAUACACCCAUGAGGUCGACAACAUCACCAGCACAAUGCGGAGGAUGUCCCUGCAGCCCCGUUCCCGCUCCGUACCUCGCUCACCAUCCCAAGGACCCCUCGUGGUGAAUCGGGUCUACUCUCCGGUGAGGUCUCCAAGCGCCCGGUUUGAUAGGUUGCCGCCCCAAAGGGACGAAGUGUUUGGCCAUCCAGCCUACACGCUGCGCCGGUCUCGCAGUGCAAAGCAAUACGACUACUCCGGAGACAGGAGACUGUCUGGACUGCAGCCAUAUCACUUCACUGCCUCUCGCUCAAUGCAGGACAGAAUGGAUGAAAUUCUAGAUCUUCAGUUACAAAGGAAGCUAGAAUUUCUGGACCAGCAGGUUCCAUACCAGGACAGAUUCCAGGACCCACUGGAGCAUUACAAAGUCGAUGAAGUGGAGAUUGAUAAACUGCUGGGCCGACUUUGUGAGCAGAGCAAGAACCAGCGGGAGCAGGAGAAAUGGGUCCUGCAGCUUCGGAAGGAGAAGGAAUCCCUGGAAAGUGCCUUGGAGAAAACCCAUCGGGAGAUGGAGAUGUACCCUAACCAGCCAGGUUACACUGAGCAACUCGUACAGAAAAAAGAAUCUCUGCAGAAUCAGUUGAUCAACAUUCGUGGGGAGCUCUCGCAAGCAACCACGGCCUUUGCAAACACAAAGAUGGAGUGCGAUGCCCUCAAAAUGGAGCUGUCCAUCAUUCACAAUGACUUAUGGGAGCAGCUGAACAGCCCCAUGGGAAUGCAGGAUGAGGUGGGGCACAAGCACAUUCAGAAGGAGCUGUGGAAAAUCCAAGAUGUCAUGGAGGGACUACGGAAGUCUUAUCCCGACCGAAUUUCAACGGAGCCCCUUAAACAGCACGUGACAAGUGCCCAAGUGGGCACCUUCAACUCAAACAGUCCUGCCAGCCCUCUGAGCACCACCAGCCUCACCAGUCCACUGAGCCCCUUCUCCCCCAUCUCCGAGUCACAGGUGUCCGCUCAGCAGACAGCCAAGGAGGUAAGCAAUGAGACCCGCCCGCCACGACCUCCCCUUCCGCAGUCCUACCUGCCUCAAGGGUCGUUGCCUGUAGUUCCUCCUCUUCCCACUGAGAGCAGCCUCUGGGCCUACUCUAUCGAGGACAUCUGGGAGCAGGCGGAGAAAGGGAAGACAGCUUUGGAGAUGAAGAGAAUGGAAGGAGGCACGGCAAAACUGGGUCUUGAGGGAUCCAAGAAGGAAGGGCGUUCGAUGUUGCAGACCAACUCCGAGGGUAGCAAGCAGGACGGGGAAGCUGAGAAACACAACAAAGUAGGUGUUGUUCCUCCAAGAACCAAAUCACCACCAGAGGAGGUUUCUCCGUCUCCAUCCUCCCUUGCUGUUCGGAGUAAUGAUAAAGUGAUUUACGACUCUCAAGCACGAGAAAAAUCAAAAGGCAGUGGGUACCCCAAUGACACAAAAUGCAAGAUGAGUGUGGAGGAACAAGUGGAGCGCAUGAAGCGUCACCAGAAUGGGUCGCUCCGAGGGAACACCAAAAGGCGGAGCCUAACCCUAACGUCGGGUCAGCUGAUGGCUGUGGGCACGAGCAGCCCAAAGCCCAUUGCUCGGAGAGUCACGGUUCCUCGGCGUAAGACCACAGAGAUCGAUAUCUGUCACCUGGAGGCAGCUGUCAGGGGGGAUCACACAGCAAACUAUCAGGAGACACCAAGGGAAGAGAUUGCCCGACUCAGGAGGAUGGAUGUGGAGCCAGAGCACUAUUCCGUGGACAUCAACAAGGAGUUGUCCACACCAGACAAAGUCUUCAUUCCAGAGCGAUACAUUGAAAUUGAACCUGAGCUUCCUCUCAGUCCAGAGGAGCUCAAAGAGAAGCAGAAGAAAGUGGAACGAAUCAAAACACUCAUCGCAAAAUCCAGCUUGCAGAACAUCAUCCCCUUAAAUGAAGGGCUGAUCGACGCCAACCUAGACCCUGAGCUCCAACUCCAGGAGCAGGAGAAGAGGAUCGAGAUCUCCUGUGCUCUGGCCACAGAGGCAUCCAGGCGCAGCCGGCUCUUAUCAGUUCCAGCUUCAAGUGCACCAGGUUCUUCAAACCCACCAUCAUCUCCCAUCUCCUCACUGCCACCUCAGAUUACUGAUGGAAGCCAUUUAAUGUGUGUCUGAAGAACUCAAGCUGUUGCUGCCAUCAAGUAUCACGGGUCGACGUACUGAAGACUAUCUGUAGUACGUUGACACCAUCGACAGGACUGAGUUUCAGACUGAGCAGGAGCCUUUGUCCAAGAGCCACUGACACCCAGCGGAGACCAGGCUGAAUGACUCCUUCAUAUUUAAAGAAGACAACACCUCCCAAUAUUCAUCCAGGAGCUUCUUGUUGUUUUAGUCCUUCACGUGAUCUGAUUUUAUUUUGUGUUUGAGCAAUGAAUUCUGAGGAACCUGGGCUACCACUGUAAGAUUGAGGUUUCGACCAGAAGGAAAGUCUAUGAAUGCAUUUUAUACUUUAUAAACGCUCUCAUUAUAUGCCGGGGAAAAUACUUAUGUUAAAAAUGAUUAAUACUGUAUUUAUAAAAGUCAUAAGAGGGACCAAGUAUUUUCAUUAGAUUCCUGCUGUACCUUUGAGAGGAAGAGGGCACGGAGUAGACUGAGGCUCAUUUGGAGCUGGUAUGUGCAGCAAAAACAGGCCUGAUAGCUGAUGACAAGCAGAACCCCAAGAAGAAGCUUGUGAGCGAUUAGGGAGGAGAAGUGCCCUAAAUCCCCAGAAGAUAGAUAACUUUAUUUUUUGAAAAAAACAAUUCAUCUCAGUAUCAUCUCCCUUGCCAGUAGGUAUCCAGGAGAAGGAAGUUGGGCAAACUGUCUGACAGGGACUUGAUAGCAGAUCUUGGAGUACCAGGGGAAUGGUCAUUUCAUACAAAGUUGAUGCCCACCAGCACUGACCUUACCAGGGGGCAUGAGGAUAGAGUGAGUGGGUAAUUACUUGUGGCACUGAUCACCAUUUGAGUCCCAUGAUGCCAGUGUGAUUUUCACUGUCAACUAUCCGCUGAUGGUUGAAGAAGGAGAGCAGAGAGAUUUCCCCUGCCCUUUCCAGUGAUCGGAGCCAAUCCUGAUCUUGCUUCAGACACUAUACUUGGUUGCAUACCCUGCAUAGCCAGCUGAAGUCCUUCCCUCUCCCGAAGUGUGCAGGCGGGUUAGCAAUUGAUGUGCUCAGUGAAAGUGUAGGUGCCUCAUGAAGGUUUUACUGUACACCCAUCUCAAGGAAUAGUUUGAGGCACAGAAACACAUGUUCAAAGGUCAAGUAUAUUAUUUCCCCCAAAAAAACUAAAUAAAUACCCUUCUUGACUUUCCUUCUCUUCCAAACCUGUUACUCUUGCAGGUGUCAAUCAGCAGAUUCUCUCAGUGAAUAAUUUACAUCAGAAUAACGCAGAAAUUUACAAAUAUAUUACCUCCUCGAUCUCUGCUUUCCUGUUAACUUUCUUUUGUUGACUAUUUUGAGAAGCCUAUUUGGGAGAGGCUGCAAAAUAAAAAUGUGGGCUUUGGUAGUCAAGUGUAAACUAGCUCAAUCUUCAUGUCUGUUCGAAAAUGUGGCUGAACCCGUUUUAUCAAUACACGUCAGUGUGCCUUCUCAUUAGCAAUGGCUUCAGCUACUUGUGUUGUCAUGGCAGCGAUGGAAAACAAAGUUAAGAGGAAGACUCAAUUUUACAGAGCUUGUGUCAAAUUCAACGAGUACUUGUUGACUGACUGUUGAUGAGCUUUUCUGUGACUUGCUAAAUAGGCUAAGUCCAGCUUGUUUAAUGGGAGAUCUGAAUGUAAUAUGGGAAACUUCCAUCACAGUUGGGUUAAACUGUUGCACGGUAUAACUCUGAACCUUCUCUCUGUACAUAUGUGUUGUAUAAAGAUGAAAAGUUUAUGCCGGAAUUUACAAAGCACUGAGCUUCUCCUUUGCCCAGUCCUGUUGUCAAUUGGCUGUCUUGUCAGUCUGAGGUCGCACUGUGUAGCCAUCUGACAUGUGACAACCGACCUGAUAUCUCUCCAUGGAGGCACUGGUUCAGUCGGUUUCAGACUGCUCUCUAUUAAGGCCAGCACUGAUAACAUGAUUGUGACCAGUUAGUUUUUUGCUUAUAAGCUCCUUAAGACAUUUUUCCAUUUAACUGCUCUCCCACUGCCAUCAAUCCAGAAGAAAGUAGAGUUGCCAGAAGUUAGAAAAGGACUGAAUUGGGCUCCCUAUGUACUCCACUGUGAAGUUUGCACCCAGUUGGACACACUCUUUUUAGAAGUUCUCCGACUCUUUUUGGUAGCAAGGAUGGGGAUAAGGAUUGGGGUCAUGUGGAUGAAGGGGAGAAAUUUGGGCAGAAAAUCAAUACUAGAAGCCGCGGCAGAGUUUGCAGCAGGAAAUCUAGUUCUGUUGAAGGCAUUAGCUCUGAUGAGCGUCAGGGAUAGUUGGAAUGUGCUUGGGGGAUCUUCUUCAGUCAAGUUGAGGAAUGAGUGUGGUGCAGUUGAGAAUACAUGGCAGUUAUUUAUCAGCUCUGAGUUAAUGUCAGUCUUGUGAUGGUCUUCUAGAAGGUCAGCACCAUUGAGCAACCUGAUUCUCAUUAAAGAGAGUCUCUCUUGCGAUGUGGAAGAGGAAUUUUAUAAGGGUUCUCCUUUAUUGUAUAAUGAGUCAAUUCCAGAUGGAGAGGGGAGGUUAUAGUGUGCCGAGCUUUCACUGGGUCAAUACUGAGGCAGCAAAUUAAGUUCUCUUGUUGGAGGAGGGACCUUGUCUCGAGCCCAAAAACUUGGCCAACUCGAGGACAAUAAAAUGCUAUUCAGUGUGCUGGCUGUUGGGAUUCAUGAACUAGGAGCAAUGAUUUACAAUCCCAAUGUAAAUAAAUUCUUGUCACCAGGAAUGGAGAGCUGUAACUGCAGUUAUACAUCCAUGCUAAAUUGUUCCAGUGUUUGAUAGUCCGACCUAGAUCAUAUCCUGGUGUCAGCACACAUUAGCUUGUUCCUUCAACAGCUGCAGUAUAGCUCCAGUCUCAAUAUAGAGCUACAACAAGUUAAGGGUGACCUACUCGUGACCUGGAUGUUGAAUAAGCUGUGGACAAAUUAAGCAAGAGGUUUCAUUGAUUGGGAGACAUUCUCUUUUCAUCAGAUGAUCUUGCAACCUGUUUGCUUCACCCAUUGACUUCUGAGUCUUACUCUGGGCAAUCUGGGAAAAGAUUUCCACUGGGGUCAGAAAUGCCUCAUUUCAUAAAGAAACUUGGUAAAAUUAAGGAAAAAAAACUAUCUAAUACUGAUCUCUUUCCAGAGUCACUACAAAAGAGUGUACUAUUCAAAUACUCACAGUAUUGAUGUACAGAGACUAACUCUGCCUCACCUAUCUGAACACUAUCCUUGCAAAGCUGGCAUACUUCAGCACUAUGAGAGCAUAAAUUACAUUGUCACACUAAUUGUUGAGUCAAUUGAAAGAAAAAUUUUAAUUUUGGAAAGGAAAUCUGAAAUCUGGAUCUGUUCACAUAUUCCAACAUGAAUACCUGUGUGUGGUUUCACUCUGUUAUGAAGUCAUUGUUAACUGUUAACUGUGAACUGAUCUGGCACUGCCAGAGAAUUUAUGAUCAACAUGGAGUAUCCUGAGGUUACCGCUUUAAUGCAGACUCCAGUCCCGUGCAGGUGUGAGGGGGUGAUUAUUUCCAUGAUACAAUGGGCAUGACCAGUAGUCAACUGAAUGUUUGGUCUCAUACAGUUGUGCUCUUGGCGUCUUCACUGGUGCAAUCAAUGUUGAGGAUUGACUAGGGCAAGCAAAGCAACUAAUGGCUGGUACAAGCAAAAUAGUAAAGGGACAGAAUGGAAAGAUCCAGAAGUCCAUCAUCAGACGAGGAGGUUGUGCAGGAUUAAAGGCAGGGGGUGCUACAAAUGUGGCCAAUGCAUGUCAAGACAGGUGAGAAGGGAAUGUGACCUGGGAUGUGGAUGUGCAUAGGACAUAAGAACAAGGGAAUAAACCUGGGGGAGGUAGAGGGUAGGGUAGAUUGAGGUGUGAGGAUGUGAAAUGUGAGCUGAAAAUGUGUUGCUGGAAAAGCGCAGCGGGUCAGGCAGCAUCCAAGGAGCAGGAAGUAAGGACUGCAGAUGCUGGAGAUCAGAGCUGAAAAUGUGUUGCUGGAAAAGCGCAUCUAGAUAUGAAAUGUGAACCAGGGAAGGAGACUGGACUGGAAGGUGAGAUAUAAGCUAUGCGGGUGGAGUCAACACGUGGGAGCAAUAAUUGUGAGUGACCAAAGUCAAGCUGAGUCAAUGUGUGAUUGAUGCUGUCUGUAAAACAGAACAAAACUCUUAAUUUAGGCCAUUGAAACUGUCACAGUUAACCAGUGACUAAAGCCAGAAGGUCUGUUUUAAAAUACUGUGCAGUCCUGUUCAUUAUUGCUCAAUUCACUCCUCGCUUUCUCCCGGAAGUAGCUGUACACAGGCAGGUUACUGUGACAAGUGUAUUGUGACCAUCUUCAAUCACAAAAUCAACAUCAGUGAACGUAGAAUGUUCAAAAGGAUUUAGUUGAAUAAAGCAGAUCAUUAAGCAGGCUGUCACGUAGAAAUUGCCAACUUUUGAACAUGAUUUAGCCAUGCAAGAGUGUACUAUCUAUAAAACUAUUUGCAGUGUGAACACCAAUGGUGGGGAGUUAGAGGUUCCAUGCACUCAGUGAUUACAAAGAUUGUACUGUCUUUUUCAGCUUAUGAAAUGAUUGAGAUUUAAGGAUAAUAAAAUCCCUAAUGGAUCAAACUAGAGACCACUCUAGAACUUUGUCUCUAAAUGAACUCUUAAUUGCUGGAGGACCUUUUGUAAUCGUGACAGACUUUACUGCUGUUAGUUGGGCGCUCUCUCAGCAGGACUGGAUGUAGAGAAUAAUGAUCAGCCAUUGACUCAAACCUAACAUAUCUGGGCCCUCCUUCCAUGCUGUGGUACUGAGGACAAUUCUCCAGCAUCCUGGCUUUCCUUUGAAGCUCAGUCUGAGGUGUAGACUGGAACAACUUGCAGAAAUUGCUCUCUCUACACCCUCUCCAGCCCAGCAGAGCUUACCACCCCCCAGAUUACAGUUCUGUAGGUGCCAACCACCACCCAAUGCCCGCUUUUAGGUGACAAUCCUUUUUGUGCAGCAUGGAGAAUGAGGAUUGACCAUAGGGGCACCAUAACAGAGUCCAAUCCUAUUCUGAUUAAAAUCUAUGUGCCUAGUUUUGUUUUUCUGAAGGUUACAUUGACUCUUGAUUUAUUUGUUUUUGUGACUCUUUCUUGCCAAUCUAGAUGCUGCCCUUAAUGAUACCAUUCAGACCAUAGGUCUAAGUAAGGUGUUUACUCCGUCUUGAUCCAUGAUCUUGCUGAACUCCAUAUUUAGAAUUAAAUAUUGCCCUGCGUCUGUAACUCGAUUCAUUCCGUAACACCUUGACCUUCAGAUGAGGGGAGGGCAGCUUCAAAAGCUAUGGACUGUCCAGGUCUGUUCGCAUCCCAAACACCAACCUCUUCCAUCAUUCCCCCUCUCCCUCUACUGAUCCCUUGACAUCCCCAUUGACAGCCGCUGUUCCAGUGCAAACCUUGUAAAUUGAACAACAGUUGAGCUCACGGAGAGGAAUACUGGAUUGUAGCAAUCAUACCUCCUGUUUGAAGGAGGGUUUAUUUUGAAGGUACUGGGAAACUUUACACUUAAUGACUCAGGAUGUGGGAAGGUAAAAGGAUCAAGAAUAUGACAUUUGUAACCUCAUGUGCUUCUUUACUAUGUCUUGUUCCCAUUUCCUAUUUGACAAAGCAGGAUAUUUUUUCAUAGACUAUAAGCUGUUCAUUGCGUGACUGCUAAGAUGUGUUGGGGAAGGCAUUGUUUUAUAGCUCACUUUGUUUGGUUGGGAAUUUAGAUAAGGGGUAAACCCUAUAAUGUACAUCAAUGUAUUGUAAUAAAGAAAUAUCAAAAAAUUAUUAUGAAAAAUAUUGAAACUAACCAGAAUUAAAAAAAAUGUAA